GAGUACUAGUGAAGUCAGUAGGAAGGAAAUCCAAGCAAGGAACUUCGCUUUAAUUCAGGCCUGUUCUUGCGAGGAGAAACAAAGAUGAGGUCUCAGGUGAUACUCGUCGUCGUCACUCUGGCUCUUCUCGGCGUCCUCGCAGCUCUGCCGCUCGGCGAAGGCUCGUCAUGGCCGUGCUGCGACAACUGCGGUGUUUGCAACAAGAAGUUCCCGCCGGAGUGCCAGUGCAACGACAUCUCGGCGCGCGGGUGCCACCCGGAGUGCAAGAAGUGCGUCAAGAACAAGUUCACCGUUCCUCCCGGCGGCGGCCCCGGCCCCGUCGUCACCUACACCUGCGCCGACGUUCUUACAAACUUCUGCCAGCGCCGCUGCACGCCGGCGCCGGCGCCACCGCCUAAGGCGUUCGUCGGUGGUGUCUUCUGAUGGCAUCGGCCGGGACGCCGUCGAUCUGCGCUGCAAGAAUGCAAGCCAAUCAAGUCGAGUUUGCUUCUCUCGAGCUUCGCUUCGUCAGAGAAGAAAUAAAAUAAAUGUCGCCGCUCUCUGCUCGAAAGAUGCUUGCUCUUGUAUGUCGUGAGUGUAUUAGUACUGUUUCUGGAAUAAAGAGCCACGCAUGAUGCAUGCCGUGCUCAAAGCAUUGUGGUUUUCGUUUAUACCAGCUAUAGUGCGUUAUGUCCAUGCAUGGGGUCUGUUUAUUCCUGAAAAAUUUUACAAGGUUUAUCGAAUCU